UUACUGAUGAAAACCAUGGGAAAGAGAAAACCACAUAAGGGAAAUUCUUUUGAAAAGAGAAAACCACACAACUUGAAACGCAAGACCCUUGGUAUUAACCAAUGCAUAACUGUUCCUAAAUAUGCAGCAAAAGCAUACCAGAUCUAACAUCGGAGCUCCAAAUCGCUAUGGUUAGGACAUUUGUUAUGAACCUGAAGUGGAACUUGCCAUCUGAAGUUGCUACUUGGAGAAACGACAUCGCAAGCUUAAAGGCAGAGAGUUACAACUUGGGCUGUGAUUUCUAUCAUACGACAUAGUUUUAAUAAAUGUAGUGUAGUGUUUUAAAAGCAGUAAAACAAUGUAGUUUACUUAUAUUCAGUCUGUUAUAGUUUAAGGGUACUGUAGUAAUUUCCUAGGUAUCUGUUAUAUAACCCACGCCUGAAUGGUGGGAGGGACAUUCUGGAAGAUUAUUACUGAAACACUUUCUGGUUUUUCUUGGAGGAAUUGGGACCUCGAAUACCCCAAGGCGUGUAGCCAUUUUUAUCUUCAUCUUCUUUGUGACUCUCUAGUUCGUUUUAUCAAAUAGCAGCCAUUAAUCCAUUACCAUUCCAUUUCUCAUUACAACACAGUACAGAUUAACUGGGUUCCUUACAAGUGGUAUCUAGAGCCGACGAUCCAUGGAGGACGAACUAUUUUUCCACCAGCAACAAGAGGCCUUACAGCGGCAGGUAGACGCUAAUGAAAAGGGUCUUCAGGGAUUUAAUAACAGCUUUAACAACUUGAUAGAUAUGAUGCUUCAUUGGGUGGUAAGGCAGAACAAUAUUACUAAUCGGUACGAUGUUAUGGAAAAAUUAGUGAGAUUAAAGGUUAGGAAACAGAGGUCAUUAGUUGUUAAAUACAAGGUGGAUGAAGAAGAAUCUAAGUCUGCUGUUGAGUGUCCUAGAGGAAAUGUCGCAGUUAGUGAAGACAUCGGCUCAAAAAAAUUAGUGGAAGAAAAAGAAGCUACGGCUUCAAUCAAAGAUUCACCAAAAUUGAUAGUGCAGGAAGAAAAGGGACAAAUAGAUGAAGAUGAAUUUGUGGAGGAAUGCGUAGAAAAGGAACCAAUGGUGGAGGGAAAUGUAGCGAUGGCCACGUACAUGAAAACCCAAGUGCCGUCAACCAAGUGCUCUUUCUCUAGACUUUGUUAUUCCCAUGAUAAAUAUAAAUCAAGGGAUUCGAGCACUUACAAAAUAAAUGGAGCACCAUCUAUGCCACCAUUUAAGUCUGUUGAGGGUUUGGCAGACUACUGGAAAUGUUUUCGGGCCAAAAACAUGGUGAAUGACAUGAAGUUUACUCGAGUGCGACUUGUUUCUGAUGCUUCACCUUGGACAGUCUUGGGUCAGAGUUAUGAUGGAGUUACGAUGUUUGGGAAGCACUUUGAGGACAUGCUGGGUGAAGUUGAUCGAAAGGAAGUUAUCGAUAUGAAGAGAUUAAAGGGUAAGAGAUUUUUUGCUCCUCACUUGCUUGAUGUUUUGCCCCUUAAAGCUUUUCUUGCACCCUUUGAUAGAGGAAGACCAUGGGAUGAUGGAUGGGUCUUUAUUGAAGAAGUUUCUUACAUUCUUCUUGUUGAAAUCAUUCUUGAAAAGCUAAACACUCUUGCACAAGAGGAGGCUGGACCUUCUCAAGGUAAGGUCGGAGUUGCAGUUGAUACUGAAUCACCAGCUGUUAGACUUGCAAAUGGAGUUACUUGCCCCAAUUCAGAGGCUGUGGAGGCUGUUUUGCAAACUAAUCAGGCUGCCUGGCAAACUAAUGAGGCUUUAGAUACUGCACCAGUGACUCAUGAAUUUCAGGGUAUGCAUUGUCAAGAGAGAAACAGGCAGAAGGUGAGGUGCUUGCAUCUGAAGAGUACCAAGGGAAGGGACUUCCAGUUUUAUGAGUUGGAUGUAUUCACGGAAAAAUGUGGAACGACAAGGGACCAUCUGCCCGCUGAGUAUGCCGUGAUCCAAGUGACAGAUAAUUUUUCAGAUUCAAAUAAGUUGGGAAUUGGAAGAUUUGGCACUGAGUACAAGGGUGUAUUUCUAGAUGGUAAGACAGUAGCAGUUAAAAGGUUGUCCAGGAAGUCAUGGCAAGGCUUGGAAGAAUUUAAAAAUGGGAUUAUAGUUAUUGCAAAAUGUCAGCACAAAAACCUAGUGAAGCUCUUGGGAUGUGCAAUACCGAGCCAUGAAAAGCUGCUAGUUUACGAAUUCAUGCCCAAUAGAAGCCUUGAUUUAUUUAUAUUCAAUUCAAAAAAAGUGUAGCCAACUUGAAUGGAACACAUUCUACAAUAUUCUUGUUGGUAUUGCUAGAGGACUUCUUUAUCUUCAUGAGGACUCCAGGCUCUAUGGGUUUUAUAAACCCCCUUCCCUAGAUUUGGCUUACGCAAAGGGUGAUGAGGGUAUGCAGAGGGUGAUGGGUAAGAAACUUUUCACUCACUAUCUGCUUGAUAUAUUGCAACUCAAGGCUGUGUUUGAGUUGUAUGGGAUAAAACUAUUAAAAAUUGGUGGAUUUCAUUUGAUAAAGGAACAUGGCUUGAGGCCAUUUGAUAGAGGAAAGGGAAAAGAAAUUGUGAAGAAUCAUUGGGUGAACAAAAAUUUGGAUAAGAAAUUGUUGUGGGUGGAGAAGGUGUGCACAGAGAAUCAAGUUUACCAAAUGGGAAAAAAAAAAAAAAAAACAAUUUGGUGCAGUUUCAAAACUUUUUGAAGAUGAAACUGAAGAUAAGUUGCAAGAUGCUAUUCAAGAGAAUCAUGAAUUCCUUUCCAGGUGUAUUAAUGAAAACAUGGGUUUUAAGGGUGGUAAACCACCGACAGCAUGCAUCAAUGUUAAAUGCCUUAUUAACUGGCAUGCCCUUGAGUUUGAACAAUCUCAAAUGUUUGACUUCAUAAUAGAAGGGUUCUCAACGUGGGUCAGCUAUUUAGCAACUGAUAGCUCAUUUCCAAGCUUAUUUUUUGAGUGGAAUAUAUGGACUCCAUUUAUUGAUGAAUCUACAGCAGGUCUUAGACGGGAUUGGCAAUGGAUUUUCCCAAUAACAUGGUGUUGUGGCUCAUAUGAUGUGCAAAGGAGUUUUUUACUUCAAAAAAAAAAAUGAGACUCUUGAUAUCAAUAAAUUAGUAGUCGGGUCGGUCCUCAUAUUUCCUCGACUCUACUAGCUGCCUCUCUCGAAGAAAUACUGCUGGAAAGGUUUGGGAACUUAAUCAUAGAAUUUUAUCAUAGCUCUAAACCUUGAGGGCAAGGUUCUUUAAGGGGAGGGGAUUGUUAUGAACCUGAAGUGGAACUUGCCGUCUGAAGUUGCUACUUGGAGAAACGACAUCGCAAGCUUAAAGGCAGAGAGUUACAACUUGGGCUGUGAUUUCUAUCAUACGACAUAGUUUUAAUAAAUGUAGUGUAGUGUUUUAAAAGCAGUAAAACAAUGUAGUUUACUUAUAUUCAGUCUGUUAUAGUUUAAGGGUACUGUAGUAAUUUCCUAGGUAUCUGUUAUAUAACCCACGCCUGAAUGGUGGGAGGGACAUUCAGGAAGAUUAUUACUGAAACACUUUCUGGUUUUUCUUGGAGGAAUUGGGACCUCGAAUACCCAAAGGCGUGUAGCCAUUUUUAUCUUCAUCUUCUUUGUGACUCUCUAGUUCGUUUUAUCAAAUAGCAGCCAUUAAUCCAUUACCAUUCCAUUUCUCAUUACAACACAGUACAGAUUAACUGGGUUCCUUACAACAUUGCAAUAUUGGGGCUUUUGAGUUCUGGGUUAGA